UCACCUCCUCUUGCUCGUCCACAAAGCAUCCAUCAUCCAUCUGCCCGGCCACCCUUGCGACGCACAGCAAGCGCAACCGACCUUCGCUCAAGGUCCGGGAAGCUUGCCACGACAGACCACUCUUGGCUCCACCGAGGACCUCUCUAGACACAGUUCGACUACUGCUAACUCGCCCCUCUGAGCUACGACAUGGGGCUGUACGAAGAUCCCGGAUUACCUGCUUACGUCGACACGACGAAUGUCACGGCCAUCGCCGAGUACUAUCUGACGCAUCCAGUGCCACAGCGUCUAGUUCCAGUCAUCAUCGUCGCUAGUGUGGCAGUGUCGGUCCUUGGAUCCUACGCUACUCUUUUGCUGCUUGGCAAGAGGACGGGCAACAAGGGUAUCCGCAAUGUCGCCUUCCUGCUCAUGGCCGCAGUGACCAUGUCGAGCGUCGGCAUUUGGGGAAUGCACUUCAUCGGCAUGCACAUGACGCUUCAGCCCAUCAACGGCAUCAAUUGGUACUUCUCCUAUUCCCCGGGUUGGACCGUCUUCUCCUUGUUCGCACCCAUGCUUGCCCUCGCCGCCGCUUUCCUCUUCCUCGACAAUGCAGAAUCAGCAACGGGUGCUCUGAGCUACACUCGCAUUGCGCUUGCUGGUGCAGCCGUUGGUGGUCUCAUCGGGCUGAUGCAUUUCAGCGCCGCACUCUCUGGCAACUUUGGCGUGUCGUACGCCAUUCCGCAGACGAUCGGCGCCGUCAUUCUUGCAAUGGUUGCCACUAUCGUGGCAUUAGGGAGCUUCUUCGCCUUCAGAAGGCAGUGGCAAGACAAUUGGCUCAAACGCUUGGCAUGCGCGUCUAUUCUCGCCACUGGUGUCUCAGCCAUGCACUACUUGGCAGUUAGCGGCACGAGCUAUACUGUACGCGCCUCGAGUCUCGGCCACGAGGCGGCACUGAUGGCCGGCAACAGACGCAACAACGUAGUCACGAUCGCCAUUGGUGUCAUGUGCUUCGUGAUUGUGUGCUUCGCCACCGUCCUCGCUGCCAGUGACAUCAAUCUGGCACGUGAGGUGCGCCGUAACUCCAGAAAAGUCGUCGUCGCCUCCGUCGCUUUUGACAAGAGCGGUCGACUUCUGGUGAAAGCUGACGGCAGUCUACCGAUGGUCGUCCUCGAAACCAAGCUGAAAAUGUCUGAAGUGAUGGAUGCGCUCGACAAGAGACAGACCACCUUCCAGUGGCUCUACGCCAUUAGCUGGGACUGGAACAUUGUUGCACCAUUCCUUAAAGCCAUCACUUUGCGUUUCUUGAAGCAAGCGCAGGUGGAUGCCCAAGCUGGCACACGCGACGCAAAAGUUCGCGGCAGGCUCUCGAAGCGCGCCAGUCUGGAUGUGGACCAGGAACGCAACCGUGGACCUCCAGCGUUGGCAGACUUCCGUGACAGCGUCAUCGAUGCAGCCUCGCAGAUUGCGCGCGAGCUCGAGAUUCCAUUCGAGCAGGUCGGUGUCCUCUACGACUCGGUGCUCUCCACGGGUACACGCAAGGCAGCGGCUCAGCAAGCAGCAGACAAAAGGCAGUUGGGACCAUACAACACCGAGCGAAAUCCCCGCGCUGACGACGAAAGCUCUAUAGUGGCCCCGAGCAUCUUUGGGGACGGUGAGGACGAACAGGAAGGUGUGACGCUAUUUCUGGUGCGCGAAUUGCCUACCAGCUCUUCCGCCGCUGGCGUUGAGAGCGCUGAGCGAUACCGCCAACGCGGCUUUCGUGUCACAGAGACUCGCUUCUUGGCCGGUGUGCUUGCAGACCGUUUCGCUGUCCUGAAGCCCGACAUGGAGACCCUGCUCGACUCGCUGAAAGUCUUUGCGAAGCGCGGCACUCGCCCAGUCGUCCAGCCAGGCGGUGUGUACGCCGGACUAUUCGGCGUCCGACCAUCUACUAGCAGGCAAGGCGGCCUCGACGUUCUGGUGUACAACUUUGCACGGCACCAAAUCCCUGCCUACCGUCUGCCGGAGGUGGCAUGUGUUACUCCGGAGAUGCGCGAAUUUUUGCGCGACCUCGAUCAGCUCACCCUCGACGAGGCUGGCAAGGUUUGUGAGCGCGAAGCCCUACGAUCAAGCGAGCGCAAGAAGCAGCUGCGCCUGGAUAAUUCGACCAUCAGUCUGGAUGACCCGGAGCUCAUCGACGAAGAAAUGGCCAUCGAGCUGAUCAUCCGCUUCCAGACGGCAUUGUACAUUGCUCUGGACGCUCUGCACAAUUCGGUGCGCUUUUACCCCAAGCUUGCCACCACCGCACGAAUCAGCGCAGAGGUGCUCGAGGUGCCUUCCAGUCUCGAUGACUCAACGCCGCCCGCCGAGAUGAUCUUGGUGCAGGCCGUGCUGCCCGAAGAGCGAGCUGUGCCGGCGUCGUUCUCCUCCAACAACGGUCUGCCUUCGACGGUGAUUCCAUCCGAGACUCCGAGCUCCGCCACGCCCUUUGUUUUCACACCAUACACUUUGUUUGCCAAGUCGCAGAUGAUGCUGUUGCGUGGCCGACAGGCCGACGACUUUGAGCAUGAGGUCUUGCUGGACCUGCGACGCCGCUACCCUUCGAGCCUCAUGCAGGAGGCGGAGGAGAAGGCCUUGCCCCAUCCUGCGCUCAGACGUCACGGCUCUGUUGGUUCCGACUUCCAUGUGACGAGCUCAGCUGAUCUGUUGCACAAGGACAAGACUGGCAGCGGCCGCUCUAUUUUCAAAGCCGGACCGGCGACGAACUGGAGACUCAUGCCAGUCGCUAUCCGCCGCUGGGCAUCCAGAUUCAGCUCGAGGCACAGCGCAGUCGACUUUGACAUGUCCGAGGGCGCACACAAUCAGCAGCAUCGUAUGAGCUUCCAUUCUUCUCGCUCUCGCACCAUGCGUCUCGACUCUGCGACGGACAAGGACUUUGAGAACGGCAAGCUUUCCGAGGUGGGGCACGACAACUCGAAGUCAUCCGAAGCUGGGCACGAAAUGUCCGAGACGGGACACAAUACUGGCGUGCUUCCUGUUCUGCGUCGGGGCGACGAGCGUAAUACUGUCCUCGUCUCACCUGGCUCCACGCUAGUCGCCUCGGAGACCACCAGUCCACCUAAUUGUGGCAAUGCCGCUCAUGCUGCGGCAGACGCGUCACCACACCGUCACAAGUCUUCGCAGCGUCCCGACACUGCGAACACAAUCGCUUCUCUUGGCAUCAGACGCUUUACGCAAGAUGGCGGAGCUGCCGCCUUUGCGGCUAAUUAUGUUACGCAAACCAGUCAGAGCAAAUUCGCUCGAGCACCUGAGGAAGACCAGAUCGAAGAAGAGAGCUUCGAAAGCGGACAUAAUUCGGAGGCUGCAAGAGGCCUUGCUGCUCCUCUCGAACUCACCACCAUCAAUGCUUCUAGCGCAAGCUCGCCUACAAAGGCAGAUGUUUCCCCAUCGCCAUCUGUCGACGUGAAUAGAGCCGCGGCAAUCGCUUUCAGCACGCCGCGCGCUGAUCGAAUCGCCACUGCAGAGUCGCCGCUACCUGCUGUGCCCAAGACUCCCACCCGUGCGCCAAAUAGGCGUGUACAUGGAUCCGGCCAACGUCCGUUCACUGCUCCCGCCAGUUCCAGAAGGCCCAGCUCCGCUCGUCCACACACUGCAGACCCGUCCAAGAGCCCGGUGCUGAGCCAACGCCAUGCUGUCAACUCGACGCAUCAAAAUGAAGCUUCCAUGAUGGCACGACUGAGAUCCGACGACUGGGCUCAGCGACAACUUCGUUGCCUGGAGCGAGGCGCUAAUGCCUCUAAUCUCUUGGGCGUCGACUACUAAAGUCGUAGUAGUCAACCGUGACUUUGUGGGAGACAUCUUUUGUACUUUGCGUGUUCGUGCAGCCUCGACACACACACACGGUGAAGUGGCCUCUUGACUUGAUCCUCUUUUUUGAACCUGAACCGAUCAUCU